CACCAAUACGUACGUGAAUAGCCGUAAUGAUUAUUGGCUACAUACAAGCGCGCACGUACGAUAACGCUUCACAAAGUAGGCACUUGGCAAGCUAACGUGUUUGCGGCAUAACGUUGACACUUUUUUUUAUUUACUAGAGUGCCACUACAAAUGCAUAUACAUAUGUAUACCCACAUACAUAAGUAUGUACACGGAUAUGAAGUGUGACUUUGGUGUGUGAUUGUAGGUGUUUCGAUAUGGUUCAUUUGCUACUGAUCGCGCACUCAAUAUGUGUCAGCGCUAAUUCUAAAAAAUCAGUCUGUUAAUCGCCGUUAACGGGCUUAGACGUACAUCCUCCCCAGCACGGGUAAAAAAAUAAACGAAUAACUCGCAAACCAAGUGUGAACGCGAGUGCACUUUACGCGAAUGUCGCGAUUUAUUUGAAACAAAAAAAAAAAAAAACGCAAUUUGAAAAGUGAAAUAUACAAAUAAGGGAUGUACGUAUAAUUAACAAAGGCGGUACGAAAAAGGAUCGAAAUUACACAAAAAGUGAAAGCAAAAGAUCUUGGAUUAAGCGUCACUGGACCUCCGUUGGCAACAUGACGGAAGAAAAUGAUAAUAAACCCAAAACUGGUGAAGUUCAGUUAUCUGCUUCAGAACCUUUAGCCAAUGGCAAAUCCACGGAGGAUAGCAUCUCUGAGGCUCAAACAGUGUCCGAAAUUUCAGCGGAACCAAAAAGUUUACCUCCUUUGAGCCUAAAUGGAAAGGACAAAAAGGAAGCGGAAACCGAGCAAAGCAUCGAACCACUAUCAAAUGUUUCGGAAGCAGAGGGACAAGUUAAGAAACUUCCGUAUCCAAAAUCGGUCUUCUUUAUCAUCAGCAAUGAGUUUUGCGAACGCUUCAACUACUAUGGCAUGCGCACCAUUCUCGUCUUGUACCUGACCCGACAACUCCUCUAUAGCGAUGACAAUGCCACCGUAAUCUUCCACAUCUUUACCAUGUUCGUUUACUUCCUAUGCGUUGUGGGUGCUAUCAUCUCCGAUAGUUGGCUUGGAAAAUUCAAAACGAUCUUUUAUCUCUCGCUUGUCUAUGUUACCGGUUCAGUAUUGGUUUCUCUCGGUGCUGUGCCUACAUUGAAUUUGCCCGCUAACACGUUUACAAUGAUCGGUUUGGCGUUAAUAGCGCUGGGCUCGGGCGGCAUAAAACCGUGCGUUUCCGCCUUUGGCGGUGACCAGUUCAAGAUACCCGAACAAGUGCAACAAAUUACGACAUUCUUCUCGCUCUUCUACUUUUCAAUCAAUGCUGGCUCAUUGGUUUCGACAACAGUAACACCAAUUCUGCGUGAAGAUGUUCAUUGCUUUGGCGAAAAGGAAUGUUAUUCAUUGGCUUUUGGCGUACCGGCUAUCCUAAUGGCUGUCUCGAUAGUUAUUUUCGUACUUGGCCGCCCAUUGUAUAAAAUUAAACCACCAGCGGGAAAUAUGGUGGUGUUGGUCAGCAAAACUAUUGGUAACGCCAUUGCUACAAAAUGGAAGGAGAAGAAGACCAAUCCUCGUGAACACUGGUUGGACUAUGCGGAUAAGAAGUAUGACCGUCAAUUGAUUGAAGAUGUGAAAGUGCUGAUGCGUAUUUUGGUACUUUAUCUGCCGCUGCCUGUCUUCUGGGCACUUUUCGAUCAGCAGGGCUCACGCUGGACUAUCCAGGCAACCCGGAUGGAUGGCGACAUGGGCUCAUGGGAUAUUAAACCCGAUCAAAUGCAAAUCUUAAAUCGCGUCUUGGUUUUGAUAUUCAUACCACUUUGUGAACUGGCAUUCUAUCCUUUACUUGGUCUGGUCGGUAUUCGUCGUCCUUUACAAAAGCUGACUUUGGGUGGAAUAUUCGCCGGCAUAGCUUUCAUUGCUUCCGGCUUGCUCGAACUACAAUUAGAGGUGAGUCAACUGCCAUCUAAGUGGUUUGGUGACAGAUAACAGUUAACUCCCAUUCGCAAUUCAACUUUAGAUAUUCAU